UACAUUCGUAGCCGAAGCGUUACAUUUUUUGUCGAAGGCGUGAACGUUGUAUGAUUUAUAUCUUUCUUUUUCUUAUUUACUUUGCAAAAUUCUUCUCAAGACAUUGACGAAGUAUGUUUUCACUGAAACAUGACGAUCCCGCUGCUCAUGGAGACUCCGAGAAUAAAAAAAAAAGAAAAUUCUCAGAAAAUUCAAACAACAAUAACAAUCAUUCUGGUGACUGUGAACGACCGGAAAUGAUAUUGAAAAUGAGAUCACGUGAUUCGGAUAUAACGUCACCGAAGUAUUUUGGGCGGCGAAUAUCAGAGCCAGAUAUGACGAAUUCUGACUUUGUCGAAAAUUCAGAAGAUUCAUCUCCGAGGCAAAUAGAUGACGUGCAUGCAUAUUUAUAUCGACCAUCCUUUAACAAUUCUUUGCAUUUCGACAAAAACCAACAACAAAGCGACUGUGAUAAAAAAUUUAGAUGCGAGCAUUGUGACAAAUCGUUCACAGACCCAUCAAACCUCCAACGCCAUAUCCGGCAGCAUCAUGUUGGGGCUCGAGCACAUCCUUGCCCAGAAUGUGGAAAAACUUUCGCAACUUCAAGCGGUCUAAAGCAGCAUCAACAUAUUCACUCUAGUGUAAAACCUUUCACAUGCGAAGUAUGCCACAAAUCUUACACCCAGUUUUCAAACCUUUGUAGACAUAAGAGAAUGCAUGCAGAUUGUCGAAUAAAUAUAAAGUGUGAAAAUUGUUCACAAUCAUUCCCGAAUUCAAGUGCAUUGAACAAACAUCGAAGAUUCUGCGAAUCGAAUUCAAUUUACAUAGGAAGUCGAAAUGGAAGCCUGCUGUCAACACCUGGAACACGAGAGGACGAUACACCAUCCCACUCGCUUCUAAACCAACAACUUAUUAGAUUUGGAAAUGAAAAUAUGUCACAACAGAACCCCGACGUCAUGCCAUUGUCCAAGAUUAGAAAAAUUAGCGACGACCAAGCCUCAGCAAAAUAUUUUCAACAUUAUUCGACUCAAAUGCAACCAUUCCCGUUCGUGCACAAUUUACCAAACGUUCAAUCCGACGCAUACUUUCGUCAAGCAAGAAACUUGCUGUGCGGCACAAACAUUCGACCGUCCGUUCACGCAUCACCGACAACAGUAAACAAACCAAACCGUGUUGAUGUUCAAGUCCAAUGUGAAAACCCAAAUGUCGAUCAAAUGUCUCCCAUGAACAAUUACAACACGUGGAAUGAUGUUCGCAUUUUAAAAGCUAACGGAUUGAGGUACGAAAGUGCGGAGGGAAGAGUACGUCAUCACUCAAAUGCCAGACAUUCUGAAGUUCAAGUUGACAUCCAAAACUUAAAAUCCCCCAGAAGGAUUUCAGAAAAACGUUCGUGUGAUGUAACACCCAAUGCGAUCAAUCACUUUUUGCCGAACUUAUUCGACUCACCUCCUAAAAGAAGAGGCUCCAUAGACAACGAACGCGACAUUUCUGCUAAUUAUAGAACAGCAAGUGAACUCUAUCGUCUUAAUUGGAAUUUUAGAUUCCGCCAAAUGCUUGAUGAAAUUGCCACGCGCCAGAGACUAUUUGACAUCGGGUCAUCCACAUUUUCCCCUGCACCAAUUCCGAAUACACUUGACCAGUUGCACAAAUUGGGUCUGCCACAUCUUAUCAAUCCACUCUUUGCUCGCAGCUUUUACGAUUCUUUGGCAACAGGAACGCAGAAAACCAAACACAGCAAUACACUGCCAACAGAAUCGUCGCCUGUGACCGAUAACCUCAAUUCGUGGCAAUAUAUGAAAGGCAAAAAAGACGAACCGUUAGACUUAACCAUGAACAAACGCACACAAGAAGACAUAAUUGCAGAUCAAGUAAGAAAGUCCCUUUCUUCCUUCCAACAAUCUGUGGAGCGAACACCGGAAGAAAGUGCGAUCAAUCCGUCUCUUUUCCCAUCAUCUAACUUUCAGCAUAAUAAACUUUUUGCUCCACAUGUAUUCGCGCAUCCUCUCAAGGAACUUAUACCUCCGGCCAAUGACAAAAUCAAUUUUUCAAUAAACAAAUUGCUCGGGAAGUACCCGAAAACCGAAACCCAAUAUGAACGACCGUUACCUCAUGUGUCACCAAAAUCAAGAAACGAAAAUUCCGAGAUGAAUAAGUUUAGUCCCGAAAACGGAAGAAACCCAAUUCAACAUCUUCUUCGAUUCGGCGACCAAGUUAACCGAAACCCAUUUUCAAAUUUUACCCAUUUUCAAAGUUCAAAUUUGAGUGGUAGAAAAGUACCCGAAGUCGUACAACCGAGGACCUACGAAAAACACGACACACUAUGCAGCUCUCGUGAUGCAAGAGGGUUCCCAAUGGAGUUUCACAGGAAAAUAGCGUUACCUUAUCAAGCACGUAUUCCAAACCUCUAUCGUCCAUUUGCUUCUGCCGAAAAGAAACGAUUCGAACGUGAACGUUACGUAUGCAAAUACUGCUCAAAAGUUUUCCCUCGAAGUGCAAAUCUGACAAGACAUCUACGAACUCAUACUGGUGAACAACCAUAUUCGUGUAAAUAUUGCGACAGAAGCUUUUCGAUAUCUUCAAACUUGCAGCGUCACGUCCGGAACAUUCAUAACAAGGAAAGGCCGUACUCUUGCCAGUUUUGCCGACGUGCGUUUGGACAACAGACUAACCUAGAAAGACAUGUCAGAAAACAUCUGGAAAGAUCUGAAAUAUUGACCAAAGUAGGCUGCACGGAUGAAAACUAUAAAGAUAACCACAACCUUGCUGAUGAUACUAAAGAAAAGUUCGUGGGCCCCGCGUUGUGUAAGAAAAACUCUGAAGUUGCAAAUAAUGUCAUGGAUUGGAGUGAAGAACAAGCGUGUUCAAUGUCGAAUUCCAGCGAAAAAGUUCCUUAUGACGACGAUUUUGAAGAGAAUGAUUCGGUUCCUACGAGUGCAAGUAGCUCACCUGUUUCAAAUAGAAACGAAAAACUUAAAGAAAAACAAAAUGUCUUCCCAAUUAUUUCGUCGAAGGAAUUCGUACGUCGUGCCGCAAAAUAUGGUCUUUUGAACAGUGUUGUGGGUCAGACCUCGCCGGAGUCAACCCAAAGGGCCCCAUGCGACGGCGUGAACACGUCGACUUCUUCGGAAACUGAUGAGGGGGUGACUGCUUGUGGCGAAUCAGAUACAGAGGCUGAAAGCCUAUUUGACAGAAAUACAAAUUAUAAAAAUCGCAAUUUAGAUCAGAUGAAGCGUUUUUCAGAUUUUGGAUCCUGUAGCGAUACCGAAAAAAUUGACGAUCAAUUGAGCCCAGAACAUCAUGGAAGCCACCGGAAACCCGCUUUUGAAAAACACUUUUUUCAUUCACAAUCCUGCGAAAAGCCACUUCCAGAAUCGCGCAAUAAUAUUCCUUUUCAUUGGAUGACUAAAUUUGAACAAAUUGCUGCCAAUACAACAGUUUGAUUACUUAAUUAACUUACCCGAAUAACGACGAUCGAAUUAAGUUAUUUACUUCACUUUUUCAUGAAGAAUUUUAGACUGCAAUUCUUCGAGCUUUCUCUGGUAUUUUUUCACCUUCUGUAUAUUUGCAAAUACGUGACUACAUUGCUACAAAGCUACAACGAGUACAGCGCUACUUUUUGUUCAAAAUUUGUCUUGAAAUUACAUAGAAAUCGUGCUACCAUAUCUCAACGUUCCCAAUGCAUAAAUCCUGGAUUUGAUGCUGCGCAAUGUCAUUUUUGAUUAUGAAUUUCAAAUGUAGCUGAACUACAUUGUUAGUUUAUAUCAGUCUACAUGCUUAAUUUGUAAUGUAGCCCAAACGCCAAACAUUUUACUUUCUGAUUUACUUUUUCAUUUUUUUGAAAUAAACUAAUGUUUUAAAA